CGUGGACAGCUGCGCAAGAAGAAGACUUCAAACAGCAACAAAAGUGAGACGACCCACCAAGAAGCUCCUUAUAGUUGUCCCGAUUGUGGGAAGAUCUUCAGUCGAAGGUCCUUCCUCAUCCCCCACCAACGGAUCCACACGGGUGAAAAGCCCUUCACCUGCCACGAGUGUGGGAAGAGCUUCCGCGUUGGGUCGGCGCUCACCAAACAUCAGCGGGUCCACACGGGUGAGAAGCCCUACGAGUGCCCGGACUGCGGGAAGAGCUUCCGUCUGACCUCCACCCUCAGCACCCACCGCAAGAUCCACACCAGGGACAAACCCUACGUCUGUCUGGUUUGUGGGAAGACCUUUCGGUUGAGUUCGUAUCUACUGGCCCACGAAGCCACCCAUAGCGUGGACAAUCCAUACCGAUGUCUGGCGUGUGGGAAGAACUUUAGUUUGAGAAGAUACUUGGCCAUUCAUCAAAGGAUUCAUACCGGGGAGAAGCCCUUCAAGUGUUCGGUGUGUGGGAAGGGCUUCAGCCGAAGGUCCAUCUUGAUCGUUCAUCAGCGUGUCCACACUGGAGAGAAACCCUACAAGUGUCCUGAGUGUGGGAAGAGCUUCAUCAUGAGUUCAGACCUGGUGGCCCAUCGGAGAAUCCACACGGGUGAGAAACCCUACAACUGUCUCAACUGCGAGAAGAGCUUUCGGUUGAGUUCCCACCUGACGAGACAUCAGAGAAGUCACACCGGGGAGAGACCUUACAAGUGUCUGGAUUGUGGUCAGAGCUACACGGACAGCUCUGGACUCAUCAAACAUAAGAAGAACCAUCUGGAGAAGAAGCAGAGAACAUCUCCAGGAGGUGAGGGACGUUAUAAAUGUCCUUAUUGUACUAAGAGCUUCCAUACAAAGUCAACUCUGGUCCUUCACCGAGCUACUCACGUUGGAGAAAGACCUUAUAGAUGUUCCAAGUGUGAGAAGACCUUCAGACACAGCGCCACUCUCCUGAAGCACCAACGGAUCCAUACGGGGGAGAGACCUUUCAAAUGUCCCGACUGUGACAAGUGUUACAACGACGGCUCCACCCUCCGGAGACAUCGGAGAAGCCACACGGAUGAGAAACCUUUUAAAUGUCCCAGCUGUGGAGAAUGUUUUGGUGGCAUCAAAGCUCUUCUGAAACAUCAACGGUUCCACACCGAGGGGAGACCUUAUCGAUGUGCCGACUGCGGGAAGAACUUCCAUUCCAAUUUUCUUCUCGUCACCCACCAACGGAUCCACACAGGAGAGAAACCUUACACCUGCCCCAUCUGCCAGAAGACCUUCAGACAAGCUUCUCACCGUAGCAGGCACCAGGAGAUCCACAGGAGGACCAAAGCUGGAGUCACUUUGCGUGAUGGGUCCCAGAACCACGUGGAGAAAGGAAAGACCCGGCACAAAGGAGGAGUUGAG